AUGUCUCUGGCGAGUGAAUUGUACUACCGGCGAAACCUGUCGGGUGCCGUUUCACUGAAGAAUUACUUUCCCACUACUGAUGAAGUUAGAUGGCACCUUAAAUUUGUGAAGGCGCUCGACAAGUACAAGCGCACCAUCCUCAACUCUGAUCGGUCGCUCCCAGGAGAUAUAUGGCGGGUGUUUUUGAUCUAUGCCCUGCGUCGUUUUAUUGUAUUCAUGCUGGCGUGUUUCCGAGAAUAUAACCACCAACCGGGAAAGGUGAAUGAGGAGAAGAACUUUGAACAUGGCUUCAAGCUGUCGCCGAAAUUCCUUCAGUUUAUGAGUCGGCUAGUGCCGCCUCUAGAUGUAGCCAUGGUGUGGUAUUCCUACCUUAUGGAUCUGGGUGCUUGGUAUGAUCGGGGGAUCCGUGGUGACUUUAUGAAUUUUAUCAACAUUCCUUUCCCUCUCCAAGCAAUUGCGCAAGCUAUUGAUGAUGACUCCUAUGACUACAACCCUCAGCCUCAAGAUGUUCAAUACUACCAACAGGUAAUGACAAACUUUUCUCAGGAUGAGCCAGAACGAAUCUAUCACGUCCCCAGCAUCAGCGUUAUACCUGAUUCGGUAUUUGUGUGGUGUCCCAAUUGUGGGGAAAACAUUUUGCCUUCGGUUCCAUGGACCAACGACGACUUGACCGGGUUUGCCGAUGCUGACUUUGUGGCCCAGAAGGCGCCCAACCUGUCGUGUCGUUGUCCAUUCUCACCUAUGAUCACUCACGAUGAGUUACGCAAACGUACGUUGUAUUAUUUCAUCAAAAACAACUUGUUUUUGCCGGGGUUAUUCAAACACUUCAGUGAGGUUUUCCACAGUUACAAAAAGGUUGAAAGUUUGCAAGCUGAUAUUAACAAAACGCUUUCGUCGGAUAGAUUAUUGCGGAACAUGCCCAAUAUGCUGUUCUCGGAAUUUGUUUGGGGUGUACGCCAAAAGUGUCGUCUGUCUGACUUUGCUCAAAAAAUGGAUUUGAUCAUGGCCCCGUUGGCCAACACUAACAUUGUAUUCACCACUGGUAGUAACACGUUGACAUUCACGGAAGACUUUGUGCAAAUGGUCAGGAAUUGCGAACCAUUUUUUGAAAAGUUGACACAAUUAAACUGGGCCGAAGACAAGUAUCAAACAUUGUUGAUCGACGAGCUGAUUAAGCGAUACCGUAAAUGGUUACCGGUGUCCAGAGCCACUAAAGGGCAGGCAAUUUUUCCUACUGUGGAUAUCGACUUGAUUUGGCGCACCCACCAGUUAGCUCCAUUCUUCUAUUUCAACUUCAUGAAGGAAGAGAUGAAAUAUAUGUUGGACGAGAGUUUCGUUGCUCAAAAUGCACUUCAAGUAUAUGAAUAUACUUUGGUGCAAUACAAAGGGAUUGCUGGCCAUGACUUGAGCAUUUGUAAAUGUAAUGCCUGUGUACGUAAACGGCAUGGUAUGGGCGACGAACUGUUACUGCGAGCCAUGGGCUCGAUGUCGUUAUCGGAAAAAGUGAACUUCAACAAUAUGUCCGAAAAGGAGCGCAUGGCCCAGCAUUAUGCCCAGCAAGAGCAACAGGGCAGUUCCAAGGGACAAGGAGGCUACUCCCUUAGUGAAACGCAAGGCCUUCCUCCUAGUUAUCCGGACGACAACUAUGCACCGCCUCCCGGACAUCCUCCCAAGCAGGAUUAUGCACCUCCUCCUGGUCCUCCUCCCCAAGAUGACUUUGCCCCUCCUCCUGGCCCCCCUCCUCAAGAUGAUUUUGCCCCUCCUCCUGGCCCCCCUCCUCAAGAUGAUUUCGCUCCUCCUCCUGGUCCUCCGCCGCAGGAUGAUUUCGCCCCCCCAUCAGGACCCCCGCCUGAAAAAGGCGGCAAUUCGUCAUUGGACUCAAGGGGACAACAGCCAAUUGGGGGAGGUGGAGCUUCCCAAAAUCCUUCCGCCCCUCCUUUACCCCCCGGGUAUGCGAAUGCAAGUGCCAGUGGCAAGGCUGGGGUUUGGCUAGCACUUUCUCCCACUUACCCACAAAAGUGUGACGCGGUACAUCAAGUGUGUGAGUGUCGAGGCGGUAUGGGCUGUGGUGGCGGCGGUCCUUCGUGUCGUGCUGCGCGAUUAAAUGUUGGCGAAGGAGGGAGGCUGGGGUUAUUCGGUCGUAUCAGACGUUCUUGA